CCAAUUCAAAACUCUGAAAUCAUUCAUAUAUAUUAAUAUAUAUAUAUAAGUGCUAGCAGGUUUUGGCAUUAACAUAUUCAACUUGAACUCUUGUCACAGCAUCAUAGUCAUUUUUGUUUCACCAAACAACAAAGAAAUUGAAGAGGAAACAUCAAAGAUGGGUUUGCUUGGAAAAAACUUCACUUCAAAAAUAAGAAAUAUGGCAACACUUGCCGUAUCUAGGAUUGCAAUCUUGAAGAACCACCACAAAGCUCGAGCUUCUUAUGCCUACUCUGAUGCUGCUCAACUCCUUCGCCUUGGUUACCAUGACCGUGCUCUACUUCGAGUGGAGCAUUGGAUAAGAGAACAGAACAUACUGGAUGUGUUUGAUAUGAUAGAAAAUUACUGUCACUACCUAAGAGAAAGUGCAGAACUACUUGAGAAGAACAGGGAUUUUCAUAAUGAGCUCAAGGAAGCAACAUCUAGCCUUAUCUUUGCAUCUUCAAGGUGUGGAGAAUUUCCAGAACUGCACAAGAUUCAAGAGAUUUUGACAUCAAAGCUUGGGAAAGAGUUUGCGGAUGAAGCUAUUGAGUUGCAUAGAAAUAAUGGAGUGAAUGCUAAGAUGAUAGAAAAGCUUUCAACAAGAGGGCCUAACAUGGAAAUCAGAAUGAAAGCGCUGAGGCAGAUUGCUGCGGAAAUUGGUGUUACUUUGCAUUUUGAGCAGGAACCUAUAUUGACAAAUGUGAACAAAUGGCAAGGUGAAGUGAAAACCAAACAAGGGAGUAGUGCUAAUGAUCCUAAGCAUGAAAAUGUAACCGUGGAAGAGGGUUCAUAUGAUAGGAACAAGGAUAGAAGCAAAGAAGCCUUGGAAGAAUUUCAUUCAAUUCAAAAUCCAAAUUCAAGAGAUAGCAUGAAAACAUCAUCAAGGAAAUCUAAGUUAAUUCCCAAUGAAAAGGUCAAGGGAGAUUCAAAUCAUGAAGAUUCUGUUGAAGAAAGAACAAACCCUUCUAUAGUAACAACUCAUUUUCCAAAGCAGAAUCGAACGCAGCAUGAUCAUGUAGAUUGGAAGAUCAUGUCAGUUAGGACAAGAUGAACACAGAGAUGAACAAUUGUUCUAUUUAUUUUUGAAAAACAUUUGUUGUUUCAUUUGUAUAACAUUUGGAAUUAAGAUGCAAAAGUUUUUGGAUAUGGUCCUAUGAAUGAAUAGAGAGAACGAAAUUAGAACUAUACAUAUAUGAUAGUUAAAGGUCUUGUCAUCCUAAAUGCACACACAAUAUACCAUCUACAGCAGGGUCGGUUUUUCAUUUAGAAAUUUCCAAAUCAUAAUAGUUUGAACAAAGUUGAUUGAUUUUUGAAUUUCAAAUGAAAAUCCAACACGCAUAAACACUUGGUUCUUCUUCCAAUUUCAAAGAAUAGCAUGCACUAGUAGUCUUCUAAUUAUGAACUUAACCUUCCAAACUGCAUUGCAUGCACUUAGCUAUUUUUUAAGAUCCACCAAGUCCACAUGACGAGGCU